AUGCUCACGUGCCCCCGUCCCCUCACUCCGGUGCCAUUUCUCCAUGCCCCUUUUUCCUCUCUCUCACACCUGUGUUGUUCUUUCUGUCCCGCCCUCCCUCUCUCCUCUGCAGGGGCUGUUAGAGCCUCUAGUAUUUUCCCGAUCCUGAGUGUGAUUCUGCUUUUCAUGGGUGGACUCUGCAUUGCAGCCAGCGAGUUCUACAAAACCCGACACAACAUCAUCCUUAGUGCCGGCAUCUUCUUCGUGUCUGCAGGUCUGAGUAAUAUAAUUGGCAUCAUCGUAUACAUAUCAGCCAACGCUGGAGACCCCUCCAAGAGUGACUCCAAGAAGAACAGCUACUCCUACGGCUGGUCCUUCUAUUUCGGGGCCCUGUCCUUCAUUAUAGCUGAGAUGGUGGGAGUGCUGGCUGUCCACAUGUUCAUAGACCGGCACAAACAGCUGCGUGCCAACGCUCGUGCCACGGACUACCUCCAGUCCUCCGCCAUCACCCGCAUCCCCAGCUACCGGUACCGCUAUCAGAGACGCAGUCGCUCCAGCUCCCGCUCCACCGAGCCUUCACACUCCAGGGAUGCCUCUCCUGUCGGGAUCAAAGGGUUCAACACCCUGCCAUCAACAGAGAUCUCGAUGUACACCCUGACCAGGGACCCACUGAAGGCAACCACCACCCCCACCGCCACCUACAACUCCGACAGGGAUAACAGUUUCCUCCAGGUUCACAACUGUAUCCAGAAAGAGAACAAGGACUCUAUCCACACCAACACAGCCAACCGCCGGACCACCCCGGUAUGAAGCCGUCACCAGGAGCUGAAAAUGGGGCAGGAACAGGCAG